GGUUACAUGGGAUUGUGACUGACAGAGAAACAGUUUGAGUAUUGCUGCAGUUAUUUGAUGGUGAAGGUGUUGAUGUCAGGUCAAGAAACAGACUGCGGAGGCGUGUUUACCACAGCUGUGGUCCAAACUAUGUUUGGCAUAUUGAUGGCUAUGACAAGCUUAAGCCAUUUGGAAUUGCAAUCAGUGGAUCCAUUGAUGGUUUUUCCAGGAAGAUGAUUUGGCUUGACGCUUACAAAACAAACAAUGACCCAAAGGUCAUCGCUGGCUACUAUAUGGAUGCUGUGAUCAAUGCUGGUGGUUGCCCUGCCAGAAUCAGACUUGACUUGGGGACAGAAAAUGGCCAUAUGGCUGAAAUGCAGCAGUUUUUGCAUUUUUCUGAGAACCAAGCUGAAACAGACAGUGUAACCUUUGGUCCAAGCACUGGAAACCAGCGGAUAGAACGAUGGUGGUUAACCUUGAGAAGUGAAUGUGUCCAGUUUUGGAUUGACCUGUUUGACAAACUGAGAGAAGAUGGCUACUUCUCAGACAACUUCUUGGACAAGUCCUUGAUCCGGUUUUGCUUUCUUCAAACAAUACAGGAAGAACUUGAUGAGGUUGUUCUGACUUGGAAUAACCACAGAGUCCGUCAAGUCCACAACUCACGCUCACCUCAUGGACGUCCCUCCAUAUUGCAUGCAGUCCCUCAACUGUACGGAGGCAGGGAUUGUUUGCAUCAUGUGGAUAUGGAGAAGAUUCAAAUCUGCCUUGAAGAGUGUGUGUUCAAGGACUUCCCAUGUGAUGAAGAUGUGUUCCACAUCUGUGUGGACCUAAUGUCAGAGUAUAAUCUGAAUUUGACCAAUGAUGUGUUUGAAACAGUUAACCUGUACAUCAGACUUAGGCAGCUGAUCAACAAUGAACUGGACCUAGAUGAUUAACUUUCCCAUAGGCCUGUGUCACUUUGUAUAUUCCCCUUUUUAUGUUUUUCUCACAAACACAGUUUUCUUACAUGUGUUUUGACCUGGGAGGAAUGCUAAUGUAAUUGUAGUUACCUAAGAAAUGUUAAAGAUAUACAAACUAUGUUCAGUGCAUAAAGUUCUUUGUUGAACUGACAUUGACUACUUGUAAGAAGUGAGUAAAAACGCAAAUUCACACAUUUAGAAACAUUUUUUUUAUUAAAACAUUUCUAUUUCACAGUAUACAAAACUGCUAUGUUUUUAUUUUAACUACAAUGUAAUCUAACUUAUACAGCAGAUAGUAUAUAGCAGUAACAAAGUUAUUGGCUUAUGGAACAGUUGAGAAUGCCUUGCUCUCUUUUGAUAACCAGCAAUAACAGCACCUGAAAAAAUAGUGCUUGAGAUGUGAAAUGACAGGAGUAUUAAAUCAAAGGUACCUGUUUUGUUAUAAAGAAAUAACUUACAUAAAUGUGCUGGAAAAACUCUAAACUGAAAAUAAUGAAUGUACCAAGAAAAUAACACAAA